UUGUCAUUUAUUUUCCUCUGACUGUUUUUAAGUCACAAAUAAUGACCAGGAUGUAGUUUUGGAAAACAAAAGGUGAUUUAAAAGACGCAAAAAAGGGAAAAGUUUCCUCUUUAGCCAUCAAAAUGCAGACAUCCUGCAGUCUUUCUCUGUAUUUAUUUCUGUCAGUGAGUCCCUCAAGAGAAACAUGAACCAAAAACGACCUUGUGCUGUUAUUUAUUGCCACAGGAACACUGAUUUACUGCAAAAGAGUGAAAGCAAAGUGCAAAACUGCGAUAAGUGCAUGCAGUCAAACUUCUGGACAGACAAAAUUGCUUAAGGCCACACUAAAAUGCAGAGCAGUCUAUAGUAUCCAUUAGAAUUAUAAACAUUGGGAAACUGCAUUAGCCUAGAACAAUUCAAUUACAUAAGAAGAGCAGACCUUGAGUGACAUGAGUGUUGGUUAUUCAAAUUUUAUGGUCCUCUGUUGUAUAACAUCAGGCUGGUGGAUGAUAAGCUAUAUCCUGAAACCAUCACUCUUGAAACAAUGCUCUCUACCACUGUAAUUGUUAAGUGUGUUUUCCCAAGCCACCGGGAGUGAUGAAGGGGGAGACUGACGGCCCGCCUUACACCCACCCCAUCCUCCAUACACCUUUAUCAGUACAAAGCUGCCAAACGUGUGCAUAGAGUACCUGAAGUUUCAGACAGACAAAAUGACAUCUUCAAAGUCAGAGCUUUUUACUGUAGCCUCCGGCGAUGGAGGGGACAGCCUUCAAAAUCAGCCCAAGAAGGUGUCCUUCUUUGAGCACUACAUUCAGCCAUGCCUGGCGGAGAUUCUCGGCUCCACUCUCUUCAUGUUUGUGGGCUGCGUGUCAGUCAUGGGCAACGUUGGCAUCAGUGGGAGCAUCCAGCCUGCCCUGGCACAUGGACUAGCGCUGGCUAUAGCAAUUGCAAUUUUGGGGGAAAUCAGUGGCGGUCACUUUAAUCCAGCUGUGUCUGUGUGCGUUUACCUCAUUGGAGGAAUGGAAUUAAUUCUCCUUGUGCCAUACGUGCUCUCACAAAUGUUAGGUGGACUGAUUGCCGCUGGACUUGCCAAAGCUGUCACUACAAGCGUAGCAUAUGGAAAUGCAUCUGGAGCAGCAUUCAAUGCAGUUCAGUCCACUGAUGACAUUGGCUCUGCGACUGUGGCAGAGAUGAUCAUGACACUCUUCUUGACCAUGGUUGUCAGCAUGGGUGCUAUAAAUGGAAGGACCCAAAGUCAUCUUGCUCCUUUCUGCAUUGGACUUACUGUGACUGCAAAUAUCUUGGCUGGGGGUGGAAUCUCUGGAGCAUGUAUGAAUCCAGCACGGGCAUUUGGGCCAGCGUUGGUGUCUGGUUACUGGACCCACCACUGGAUAUAUUGGGUGGGACCUUUGACUGGGUCUUUGGUCACUGUCAGCUUUGUGAGGUUGAUAAUGGGAGACAAGAAGAUCCGUGUUGUUUUUAAAUGAUGGAGGUGGGACCUCUGAAGAUCCCAUGCCUAAAGCUUUUAAUUCAAGAUAACUUGUAGUUAUGUAAAGCAUUGUGUGAUAUUGUUCAGCAUUUAUAUUAGUGUACUCUACUAAAGUUUUUAGUAUUCUGCUGCUUCAUUGUAUCUUUUAAGAAUUUAUUAAAUGUUUUAGUUUUUAUAUAGCCUGCCAUUAUGUUUUCCAAUAUUUUAUAUUAAUAAACAGUCUUUUGUUAGAUCUUGC